AUGACCCAGCACAAUUCCAGCCAUAUCCUGGCAUUGCCGAUGCAUACGCACACUAUCAACUCUGACUACAACUUCAGUCUCGGCUGCUUCAACCACGGAAUCCACCUUCGCUCCUCCAACGACACCAUCGAUUUUGGCUACGACGCCCACCUCUGCUGCUACAACUACGACAUUCGCUCUCGCCCCUCCAAGCACAUCAUCAACUCUAACAACAACAUCGGCCUCCACUACCGCAACUAUAUCGUCUACUUUGAGUACACUGUCCACAUCUACUACUACAACCACGGCUGCAGCGACAUGUUCACCCACGAGUGUCGUUGA